AUGGACCUCCACAACAGGUAUUCUUCCUCAUCCCCAGACGCGGAUGUUGCAGAGAAACAGACGAGAGAGGAAACACUUUCUCCCAUAGAGAGCCAACGAGGUAUUGACGGCGUCGAGAAUGAACGGAGUACUCGACUUCACCGGGGCCUGAAGGCUCGCCACAUAACCAUGAUCGCCAUAGGGGGUGCUAUAGGUACCGGGCUGAUCAUUGGGACCGGCAAAGCCCUGGCCCAAGCAGGCCCCGGCUCUAUAUUCAUCUCUUACACCAUUGUCGGAUUCCUCGUAUACCUCGUCAUGUGUGCGUUGGGAGAAAUGGCAGCUUGGUUGCCGCUUUCGUCUGGAUUCACCGGUUACGCCGCCCGAUUCUGUGAUCCUGCCCUAGGGUUUGCUCUCGGCUACACGUAUUGGUUCAAAUAUAUCAUAGUCACGCCAAAUCAGUUGACUGCUGCGGCCUUGAUCAUCCAAUAUUGGGUGGAUCGAGACCGCGUCAAUCCGGGGGUAUUCAUUGCCGUCUUCUGGGUUGCGAUCGUCUGCAUCAACUACUUCGGCAUUCGGUUCUUCGGCGAGUUCGAAUUCUGGCUCUCGACCAUCAAGGUCGUCAUCAUCGUCGGCGUCAUCAUCUUAUCCCUCGCCCUCGCCCUAGGCGGUGGCCCUGACCACGACCGCAAAGGGUUUCGGUACUGGAAGGACCCUGGCGCGUUUGCAGAGUACAUUGACGACGGCGCCACGGGACGGUUCCUGGCCUUCUGGUCGACCAUGGUGACGGCCACGUUCGCGUACUUGGGGACGGAACUGGUGGGCGUGACGGUCGGCGAGGCGCAGAAUCCCCGUAAAACCAUCCCCCGCGCCAUCAAGCUGACUUUCUAUCGCAUCCUGUUCUUCUACUGCCUCAGCGUGCUGCUGCUGGGGAUGCUCGUACCUUACGACAGCGAGGAGCUGGCGUUCGCCAAUAAAGCGUCGUCCUCGGCGUCGGCGUCCCCCUUCGUCGUGGCCAUCAAGCUUGCUGGCAUCAACGCCCUCCCGGGCAUCCUCAACGGGUGCAUCCUGCUGUUCGUGUUCUCAGCGUCCAACUCAGACCUGUACAUCGCGUCGCGCACGCUGUAUGGGCUGGCCAGCGAGGGCCACGCGCCGCGCGUGUUCCGGCGCACCGACGGGCGCGGCGUACCAGUGUACGCGCUGGGCCUGUCGGCGGCGUUCGCGCUGCUGGCCUUCAUGAACGUGGCCGACGAUUCCAAGACCGUGUUCAGCUACUUCGUCAACCUGGUGACCAUCUUCGGCCUGCUGACCUGGAUCUCGAUCUUGGUCGCGCACAUCUGCUUCGUGCGCGCCCGCCGCGCCCAGGCCGUCCCGGACACCGCACUGGCCUACACCGCGCCGCUGGGCGUGGCGGGCUCCUACGGCGCCCUGGCCAUGUGCAUCCUCAUCGCCCUGACCAAGAACUUCUCCGUCUUCGUCGGGCACUUCGACUACAAGAACUUCAUCACCGGAUACCUCGGCAUCCCGCUCUACCUCGCCAUGAUCGCCGGCUAUAAAUGGUGGACGCGCCGCCCCCGCGUGCUGCCCGCUCACGCCGACCUGUGGACCGGCAAGGACGCCAUCGACCGCGAGGAAGAGGAGUUCUUGGCAGAAAAGGCCAGGAAGGACGCCGUGAACAAGGGCCGUCGUGGCUGGUUCUAUCGGACUUUCGUCUCGUGGUUGUUCUAA